GGAGCGCUCAUGGUAGGAGAUCUAAUUGCAAAUUUAGCUAGCUUGAAGGAAGUCGUCAGUGCGCUCUUAUAUGAUGCCAGGCAGAAUAGUAUGAAUGUCCCGAGGCUGAUUGGAAAUGAAUGAACAUAUAUCGAAGACUUCAAGACGUGAUUCAGGAUCAUGUACAUUCUAGUGUUCUAUGUUAGCUACGAUGUGCACCUAAACAUCUGUUAACUCAUCACCUGUUUUACUUCAGAGAAUCAAGCUCGAGUUACACAUCUUCAAAUACCACAUAUCCCCAUCCGAUGCAUAGCCUCUCUCCAUUACACCAUAUCCAAACCCGCAUAACAUCGAUACACAAGCCAGUGAUCGCCACACUCAAGCGAGAAUAUGACAGACCCCGAAAAAACAUCUCGAAUGUCCAGUUCCUCUGAUAAUUGCGAUGCAGUACCAGAUUCGCUACCUGUUGAUGCCACCACAGGAAAAGAUCUGGAAAGUCAGGAGCAAAGGAUAGUAGUACCGCCAUUACAGUGGAAUGGCCCAGAUGAUCCAGAUAAUCCUCUCAAUUGGCCCGCGUGGAAGAAGAAUUGGCAUGUUUUUACUCCAGCUUUGAUAUCAUUCUCUGCAACCCUCGGCUCUUCCCUCAUAUCCCCUGCCAUCCCCUUCCUCUCCCUCGCCUUCCACACCAGCCCGACCGUCUCCCUCCUCCCUCUCUCCACCUACGUCCUAGCCCUCGCCCUAGGCCCCCUCCUCGCAGCCCCUCUCUCCGAAUCUCUCGGUCGCAAACCCGUCUACCUACUCUCCGUCCCCCUAGGUUGUAUCUUCACUCUCGGCUGCGGUUUUUCCCAAAAUAUCGCAAGUCUUGCUAUCCUGCGUUUCUUCGCCGGUAUGGCGUAUAGUCCCGCAUUGGCGAUCGGAGCAGGCAGCAUCGCGGAUUGUUUUACUGCGGCAAAAAGAGCACGUCCUAGUGCAUGGUAUGUUAUGAGCCCGUUUUUGGGACCGGCUUUGGGACCCGUAAUAGGUUCCUUUGUCACCGUCCGCAAAUCCUGGCGCUGGACCCAAUGGACUUUAAUCUUCUUCUCGAUCUUUUCUUUCCUCCCUCUCCUCUUUACCUCCGAAACUCUACACUCACGCAUCCUUACCCGCCGCGCCAAAUCUCUCAAUCAACCUCUCCCAGCCUCCCCAUUUCCCUCAAAAGCGGCGAAGAUAAAGUUCCUCCUAACAGUUACCCUUUUUCGUCCCGUCCAUAUGCUCUGUACCGAGCCCAUCGUCGCCUUCCUAAGUCUCUACGUCGCGUUUAAUUUUUCCGUCCUUUUCAGUUUCUUCGCCGCUUUUCCGUAUGUGUUCAGGACGGUGUAUGGAUUUGAUACCGAACAGAGUGGAUUGGUCUUCUUAGCGAUUGGAAUUGGAUGUUUUCUUGCUAUCAUCACUGUUCUUCUCUGUGAUACGUUUUUAUAUCAGCCUCUCGUCACAAAAUCGCACGAAGAAGGGAAAUCAGGGGUUGUAGCCCCAGAAUAUCGUUUAUAUCCUGCAAUGCUAGGAAGUUUCGGACUGCCGGUUGGGUUGUUUUGGUUUGCAUGGAGUGCAAAGGAUGAUGUUCAUUGGAUCGUGCCUGUAAUUGGAGCCGUGCCCUUUGCAUGGGGAAAUUUAUCGGUAUUUAUUGCAUCAGCAAACUAUCUAAUCGAUACCUAUCAAGCAUUAAAUGGAGCAUCAGCAAUGGCAGCAAAUGGACUUUUGAGAUAUAUCUCGGGUGCAGCAUUCCCAUUAUUCACAUUACAGAUGUAUAAAACUCUGGGAAUCGCAUGGGCAACGAGUUUGUUAGCUUUUAUUGUUGUAGCUUUGCUGCCUGUCCCAUGGGUAUUGUGGAUCUGGGGAAGGAGGGUUAGAAGUGGUAGUGCAUAUGAUACUAUCAAAGCCUGAUCCGGAAUAUAGCUAAUGAAGCGGUGUAUCGAUAAUGGCGCAGUUCGACAUUAUAAAACACUUUAGGUCUAAUCAUGCUGGUGGUUGUUGAGUAGUAGAUUCGCUGCAUUAAAAUACGGCAUGCGAACUUCACUUGGCAUUGAAGAAGUAAAGAUUUGUUGUUCGCAUAUUUGAAGGCUAAACAAUAAAUGCGCUUGCAACUUGGAAAGAAAAGAAACGAUUUUGAGAUACAAUGAUUAAUGAAGAUGACUAGAAAUUGAGUAUUA